CCCAAACAUCAGAUCACCAUCAGCACCGUAAGGGCAUCAGGAGCUCAGCAACUUCGACAAUUACUUCUGAUCAGUCAUAAUAGCCAUGAACGAGUUUCCGGACGGCGGUGCGCCUCCUCAAGAGGACUUCUCCUCCAUUCCGCUCCCCCAGCGUCUCACGCAUACGUCCUGGAAGGUCCGCUCAGAGGCUUACGAAGAGGCUACGAACGCAUUUUCGAAGACUGCAGAUGAAACGGACCCCAUUUUCAGGGAAUUCAGAGAUGACGGGAUGUGGAAGAAGGUAGUGGGAGAUAGUAAUGUCGUCGCAAUGGAGAAGGGUAUCGCGUGUACGAAGGCAUACGUGGAGUUUGGCGGUGCGCAAUGCGCGAAUAGAACACGUCCCGUUGUCCUCCCAACCUUAAUCGAGAAGGCCCUUCCAUCGACGCGUCCCGGCACGAAAGCGCUCGCUAAAGACCUUCUGCUUCUUUACGCCUCGUACCUCGACAACCCUCCAUCGGCUCAGCCAAUUCUCGAUGACUUUAUCCCCUUCCUCUCUCACAAACUCCCAAAACUUGUCGCAGCAGCAACAGCGGCACUCAGAGAACUUGUACAUGCAUACGGUGUCAAGGUCGUACCACCAAAGCCUGUGUUGGCAGUCCUGCCGAAGUUGUUCGGUCACACUGAUAAGAAUGUCAGAGCAGAGGCGCAAGCAUUGACAGUGGAGUUGUGGAAAUACUUGGGCGAGGCACUGAGACCCGCGCUUUCCGACCUGAAGCCGGUACAAUUGAAGGAACUUGAUGCAUUGUUCAACGCGGAUGAAGCAGGCAAAGCGAAGCCAGAAAGAUACCUGAAGUGUCAGGAUCCUGAACUGCUAGGUGGAGGAGACGCGGGUGGUGAUGAAAACCAUGACGGCGCCGAGGAAGAGGCAGGUGAAGAAAUGGACGCAUUCGACCUUUCCGAGCCCGCAGACGUGCUGAAGAAGUGCCCUCAGGCACCGCUGAUGGAGGCAUUGGGAAGUUCUAAGUGGAAGGAUAGGAAGGAAGCUUUGGAUGAUUUCUUGAUCGCGGUGUCGGUACCACGUAUUCAGGAUGACAACGAUCUGAACGAUAUUGUUGCGCAGCUUGCCAGGAUUUGUCAGAAGGACGCAAACGUUGCUGUCGUUACGCUCGCUGCGCAGUGUCUGACUGCAUUAGCUAAGGGUUUGCGAAGUGCGUUUGUAAGGUGGAGGAGUGAGGUUGUCUCCUGCGUGAUGGAGAGGUUGAAGGAACGUAAGGCGUCCGUGGUUGAGGCGUUAUCUGGAGCGAUGGAUGCCGUCUUCGAGGCCUGUGGACUUGCGGACGUUCUGGAGAACAUCACGGAGACUGGUCUGAAGCACAAGAACCCGCAAGUCAAGUCCGAGUCACUCAAGUUUCUCGUACGGUGCUUGCGAACCACCCCGGUCGUUCCUUCCAAGGGUGAGCAGAAGUCCAUCGCGGAAGAGUCCGUGAAGUUGCUCGGUGACUCUUUCGAACCUGUUCGUACCUCCGCUGCCGAGGCAUUGGGUACGUUGAUGAAGAUCAUUGGUGAACGCGCGAUGAACCCUUACCUUGAGGGGGUGGACGACAAGGCCCGUAAAGCUAAGAUUCAGGAGUUCUUCGAGAAGGCGGAGGUUAAGGCGAAGCCCGAGAAGCCGAAGCCUGUCGCGAAGGCACCUGCAGGUGCAACGAAGAGGCCUUUAUCCAAGGGACCCCCGGCAAAGCCCGGCUUGGUCAAGAAGCCCAUGGUUAAGCGUGCGCCUAGUCCGGAGCCUGAGCCGGAGGAGGAGAAGAAGCCAUUGGCGGCGAAGCCAACUGCGAGAAGACCUCCUGGUGCUACUGGUGCCACUGGCGCAAGCAGACUGACGAAGCCUGGACUGGCGAGGCCAAGCAGUGUUGCGCGUCCACCGUCAAGCCCAGAGAGGAGUCGCCCUGCAUCCGCGUUCGAGGAGAGGGAAGAAGAAUACUCCGCUCCCCCUGCGGAGAAGCCACGGUUGGGUGUUGGUCGUGGUUUGACCUCACGCUCCCUUGUUCGUGAACCUGCGCCUUCUGCCGCUCCUUCCUAUGGUGGUGCUGGUGGCAUUGACCCCGCCGAGAAGGCCGCGUUGGAGGAUGAACUGCGCGUCAUGAAGCGUGAGAUGGAUAUCUUGCGUGACAAGAACGCCGAGCUGGCUGAUGCCGAAAUUAGGGAGAAGCUGAAUGUGAAGACGGUUACCACUCAGCUGACCCGUGCUCGUGCUGAUCUCGAAGGUGCCAGGGAGGAGUUGGCCCGUUCCCAGCGUGAGAUGGAGACUUUGAGGAAGAACCCGCCACGGACCGCCAUGCCCGCCGGUACCGAUACGGAGGAUGGCUAUGAUGGGUGGAAGGAUCGCGCAGAACGUGCAGAGAGGUUGAUCAGCGAAUACGAUGUCAUGGAUGAGAACCGCAAAGCUCGCAUCGCCGAUCUGGAGGACGAGAACAGAAUGCUGAGGGAGAAUGUCGGUGAUGAAGACGCGACGAGAUUGGAGCGAAUGGAAAUGAGGUGGAAGGAGCUCGAGAGGCAAAAUGAGAGCUUGUUGAGGCAAUUGCAGGAUGCGAACAUGGCGCUUCGGGAACGGAGACGAGUUGCCUUGGGAACUGGUGGUGGAUUUGGUGCGAGGAGGGAGAUUCCUGCACCAAGAGAGCCCGCCAGCUCGAGGAUGGAACCGACCAGGUCUGCCGAGCCCACUAUGGCACCGCCGAGCUCGGUCAAGAGAACGAGUUAUUUGCGCACCGGUAUCCCCGGAAGCCCAACGCCGUCAAGCUCUUCAUUCACUCCCAUUCAUCACAGUAAUGGCCUCGGCUAUGGUCGUACCCAAAGUUCCUCAAGCCUUGCUUCGUCCGAAGACAAGGAAAACGGAUGUGAGAGAGACUCUAAGUCUGAGCUGCCACCACCAUCGAUCACUCGUUUGGGAUCUGGAGCAAGCUCAGCCGCGGGUUCGUACAGGCCCCGCAAGCAAACCUAUCGAGAGCUGGAAGAGGGCCGCUGAGGUCACUGCACAGCUCAAGCAGAGGAUCGAGCAGAUGAAGAGGGCAGAGCUGAACACCAACCGUGGGAUGUAAAACAGGAGUGAGGAGUGAGAGGGGUGUCUUUGGGUUUUCAAGUUUGGGUUUUACGCAUUUGUUAUUCCUUGUAUAUCCGACAGUGUAGGAGUCUCGGG